CAGAGGAAAGCAGCUCCAGUGGCGUCGCCUCGUCAGUUGGUCAGUAAACCGUGAAAAACCCCGUUAAACCACCGACAGUCCGCUUUACUCUUUAAAGCUUCUCUUGCACCGGUUGAUAAUGCUGAGAAUGAAACUACCGAUGAAAACGGGCGAGGAAUGUGAGGACGAGGCGCUCGAGGACGAUUCAUUGGAUCGGUCGGCGCACCAGCGGAUUCCCGGGGCGGCAUCUCCCUCCCCGGUGUCCUACGGGCUGGAGAAGUCUCCGUCCCAGCUGGACAAGGAGACCGUCUUCGAGUGGUUCGGCCUACAUUUAAACCCGGCCAAGCGCGUCGAGUUCAUGUGCGGGCUCCUACAUAUGUGCCAACCCCUGGAGCUCCGCUUUUUGGGAUCUUAUCUGGAGGACCUGGCCAGGAAAGAUUAUCAUGUUUUACGGGACUUCGAGUUUCGGGCCAACAGCCCGGGCGACCUGGGCGUUUUGACAGACGUGGUUGACCCGGUGGUUCGCGCCAAACUCCUGGUCUGCCUGUCCCUCCUCGGGUCCGACAGCAGGGAAUGUGCUGGAAUACUCUUCGGGAUUCUGAGCCAUGUCGACCCGGCCCUGUUCUACAAACACUAUGACUACUCACUUCCGUUCCGGGGUCCCCACCAGCACCACCCGGUCCACCCGCCCUGUCAGGACGGGAGUGUGUACGGGCGCUCGGAGCAGACCUGCGGCUUCUCCGCGAACGAGACGGCGGCAGGACCCCUGGAGCAGUUGGCGCUGCUCUUCACCAUGGCCUCCCUGCACCCAGCUUUCUAUUUCCACCAGCGGGAGACCGUCCGUGGCCAGCUGGACAAAAUCGAGCUGGCUCUAGAGGAGAGACGCCGGAGUCAGCUCCGGAUAAACGCCCAGACAACGGAGCUCACAGGUCAGAAAGUGGAUUUCCUGCCCCCCCCAGCGCUGGGUUUGGGAGAGUGUACUGCUUCACAUCCUUCGUGUCAGAACCGACGCUCCAGCCGCUGGGUCACACAAAGAGAAGCGGUGCAUAUAGAGGGGAUUGUGCUCAGGGGCAUCUCUCGGACCAGAAUAGACAAGGAAUACAACUUUGAGGUGAAGUGGUCAGACUCUUCUUCUACCAGUGUGACCAAAACCCACCUGGAACUGGAAAACUUCCUUCUUAAGCUUCCUAAGGAUCAGUGCACUGAGUCUUUUGAGAAGAGCAUCCUGAGGCUUCUGAACCAGGGGGACCAGUAUGAGAGCAGUGAGGUGGAGAAGAACCUCAGGGAAAAGUUCCUGUCUGCUCCUCCAGUCUUCAGGCAAACCAGAAAAGUCUGCAGCUUCUUCAACUGUGACUCCACUUACUCUGCUAAACCCACUUCUUGCAGAUGCAACUGCCAGCUGGGCAAAGUCUACCAAGGAAACUGCUCCGAUGCCUCCAGUCAGGAAGAAGAUUUAGAGUCGUAUGUUCAGGGACACAAGAAAAAGCAUGGGACCAAGAGCCCAAGUCAAGGUCUCUCUAGUGCCAAAGCCUCUCAGGGAGACAGUUGGAGGGGGGGGCACACUGCAGAGGUCAAUGGUCCUGCUGAGAGGAGGAAGAAGAGCUGUGCACUGAGGAGCAGUCAGGAGGCGGAGCAGCACCAGGACACUGAGAUGAUAAGCCACCCAGUCACUAAAACCAAGAGCAGAGUCCUGCCCUCUGACAGGGACAAGGUGAAGGGGAAAGGAGCUGCCUUUGUGACCAAUGGUAGUUUGGUGCCAGCUCUGUUGCCUCAGAGGAAAGAUGGGGGUUCUGGUCCAGAUACGUUUGGCGAAACAUCAUCAGAAAGCUACAGCUCACCAUCCAGCCCUCAACACAGAGGGCCAGAGAGCCUCGACAGUGAGGAUGACAACAACAAAGACACAGACAGCCACUCUGAUGACUCCAGUAAAGGUCCUGGUCCUGACAUGUUCUUCACACACCAGACCGUUCCAGCUGUGGUGGGGGACGUCUCCUCUGUCCAUUCUCUGUCUUCCAACAACCACCGGCCUUUGUGCACGGAGAGCAGCACAGAGUUUCCCCCUCUCUCCUUCAUGCAUUCUCUGCCACCACCCAGCCAAAGCAUCGCCCCUGAUGGGAAGUCCUCAUCUGGGACAAUGAUGAUGCAGAUGCCCUUAGUGCCUCCAGCCAUUCCAGGCCCAGGAAUUGUGGGAGACCCAGAGAAGAGGGACGUGCUCCCGACCUUUGGGAUUCCACUGAUUGGCGUCCGACCUCAAGGAAGUCUGUCUGUGCAGCCUUUUGUUCAGAGGUUCAAAACCGUUCUGGGUGGAGCUAAUGGAGCAUCAGGAAGUGGUUCUACUGUUGCCAUGCCACAGGCUUCACAUCAGGCCCCAGUCAGAGCCAUGAGUGUCAUGCCUCCUGGCCCCACGUCCUUCUCCUCUCCUCCUCAGCAGCCCUGCCAAGACCCGGCCAGUAUCAGCUCAGGUCUGGCCUCCUCUAUGCCACAUGUGGAGCCUUCACACGCCAAGCACCCUUGCUUAACUUUACCAUCUGGCCUGCCUUCUCCCUACACCCUGCCCCCUAUCCCUUCAUCUGUGAUGCCUGCUGCAGGAGCACCUGCAGCCACUGGAGUGGCUCCAUCUUCUGGACAUUUACAAGCUGCUGUUCCCCCAGCUGUGCCCACCCACACCCCUGGACCCGCCCCCAGCCCCAGUCCAGCACUUACUCACAGCACAGCACACAGUGAAUGUACAUCCUACAGCAACAGUGGUUCUUCUUGUGGAAGUGCCUCCAUUGCCCCUGGCAUCCCUAUUACCCUUCAGCAAACCCAGCAGCAACAAGUGACUCCACAGCAGCUGACACCACUACAGCAGCAGCAACAACAGCAGCAGCAGCAGCAGCAGCAACAGCAGCAACAACAGCAGCAGCAGCAGCAACAGCAUCAACAACAACAGCAGCAUCAACAACAACAGCAACAGCAGCAGCAGAAACAACAUCAGCAGCAACAACAUCAACAGCAGCAACAUCAACAUCAACAACAUCAACAACAUCAACAGCAACAGCAGCAGCAGCAGCAACCGAUGGGCUGUGGUACGUGUGGUUGUCAUAACAACUGUGGUGGGCGAAGCGGCAACAGCAGCAGUGUCAGCGCCCCCCCCAGCUGCCAGGCUCCCUUAUUCUUCCCCGCCCACCAAAUGGCAGCAGCAGCCGCUCGUCAGGUGUUCAGCGUUCCUCCACCUCUCUUCCAGCUAACAAGCCUGUGCAGUAACAGCUACCUCACCCAGGGCCAGCCUCCUCACCAGGCCAACGGUGCUGCCACACUGUCGCCCUUCUUCACCACUGCUCCACCUCCUGCACACCCGUCCCCCUACGGCCCCCUGCACACUCACUCCCACAGCCACGCAGACGUGCCAUCACAUAUGCUGGGCACCCAGGCUGCCGCGGUGGCGGUCGCUGCAGCCGCAACCUACAACCUCCAGCAGCAGAUGGCGCCGGCAUCUUUCUGCCAGCGGGUCUACCAGCACAUGUACCAGAAUCCUCUGGGGAUGCUGCCCGCUGCAACUCUGGGAGGAGGCGGAGUCAACAAGAAGAGCGGCAAUGUGUCCUGUUUUAACUGUGGAGUCAGUGGCCACUACGCUCAGGACUGCAACCAGCCCUCCAUAGACUCCACACAGCAAGGUGGCCUCCGGUUAAAGUACGCUGCCGCCCACAUUUCAGAAGCAUUCGACAAUGCGGACUGAGGAAGAAGAGGAAAGACGAAGAGUUCCUCUGGUCUCGUUGCCACGGGGACAGUCUUCUGUUGUCCCCCCAGGCAGUGUGUGAGCGGUGCACUAAAGCAUCUGUGCACUUCAGGAAAAAAAAAAUCUCAACCUGCCAAGGGCUCGGUGGACAAAGUCUAAGUGCUCGUGCCUGAGAACAUCUAGUGUCUGUGGAGAUGACACACUGUCUCAUGCGCACCAUCAGUGACUCCCAGUCCCUUCCAUUUCAGCUUGUUUUAGAUAUUUUUGCACUGAGGGUUGGAAACGAUUACAUAAUUAUUAGGAUGUUUUGUUUUUACAUAAAAGUGGAGAGUAGUCUCGACUGAAAAAUGGUUCUUUUACACUUCUUUCUAAAAACAAUGUAUUUAUGCAGUUUUUCCUCUUUAUUACUGGUUACCUGGGAUUUUAUGUCUGACAGAAGUGUAUAGUAGUUUUCAAAGAUUAAGAACAAGAAUCAAAAAAGUAAUGUCAGCAAAAUGGAUUUUAUGUUCGUUCUAAUUUUCAAUUUUGCUCAUGUUUUCUGAAUGUACACCGUCUCAUUUAAGGAAUCCGAAAAUGUAUGGAUCUCUUGCAUAUCUGUUACUUGAUCUGUGUUUGAUUAGAAGGUAAACUUGCUGCUUUGUGUUUGUUCUGUUUUAUUUUUAUUGUUUUACUUGGUGAAAUAGUGAAACAGGAACUUAAAUGCACUAAAACAGUUCUCACUGCAAACAUGUUGUUAGGAUUAAUUCAUUUUAAGAUGAAAAUCCACAUGAAGUAGCAAACUUGUCAGAAAAUACGGCAUUGUGAGGGUUUGGGUAUAAUGUAGUAGUACAGGUGUGACCCCUUCUUUUUGAACGGUUUAACACUUUAGAAGGAGAUGUGUGUUCUUAAUGAAGACGUGCAGCCACUGAAGAAGAAUAUCAAUCGACCCUGAAACAAGCCGAGGGAACUCAACGUCAUCAAUAACACUUGUUGAACUUAAUCCUUUGGUUAGAUUCAUGCUCUCCUGAAGAGUAAGUCCUUCUGAUUGUACACUCAUUACUGAAGACAACGACUACUUGGAGAACUCUAACCUCCGUUUGCUUCGUGUCCUAAGGCAAAAACCUGUUUUGACCCUUUUCGACUCAGAGGCUGAGUGAACAUCCUAUCGUCACAGCUUCCUCCCACGUCACCCAAAUGUCCUAACAUCUCUACAAGAUCCUUUUUUUUUGCCUUAAAUUCAACCAUCAUCCGAUCACUAACUACUCUGCUCCCUUUAAUUCACAUUGGCCGUGUCAGUCAACUGAAUGACAGCCGUGUACACCAUCUCAUCUUGCUCCGGGCAAAGUUUUCCGAAACGAUUAUUUAUGGCUGUAGGAAGCUAGCUGUGCUUCCCAUUCAUAAGAACAAGACUAUAACUGUUUGCUUAAUUGUGGCCACUUGUGACUUAACAUGAUGUUAAAUAUACAGCAGAGUAAAGAGUCAUGAAGUCAGUGAGCUGACCCUGUAAUUACACAGUUUUCUAACUCGAGCAGGAAAUAUGCUGCAGGUCGUAAUAUAAACCAACACUGUAGCAGCAGGUUCAGUCCCUGUGUAAAAGUGAAUUUUAUUUCUUCUUAAAUUAUCUUUUUUAACCAAUAGAUGAAGAAAGGGCUAUUUUGUUUCUUUCAGCCGUCACAUAUACUUGUUUUACUCCCACCUACUAAAUGGGAGAAGUCAUUGUGUGGGCUUGGCGGCCAGUGCUGCGUUAGACGCCACCAUGAUGAUCUGUAGAGAGUCCAAACAGACUGUGUGAUGGCUAAUGACACUAAAAGAAGAGUUAGGUGGUGCUGGGUGCAGACUCUUAUGCUCUCCACAGAGGAGUUACAGCAUCCAGCUUUUAUUUUAUUAAUGUUUUUUUAAUGUUGAGCAAAUAUUUCAGCCGUUGCCUUCCAGAUGGAGCAGUGGGCACUUUGGUUUCAGGUUUGACUUGUAUAGCUUGAUCCUCGCUGAAUUAUCAUUGUUUCUUGCCCUUAACCUACGAACUGACAAACAGAGCAGAAUGUUAAGUGGGUGUAUUAUUAUUAUUAUUAUUAUUGGACGGUUUUAUUUCUAUGCCGGAUCGCGUCUGGAAGAUGUAAUAUUGAGACGCCUUGUUGGUUCUAAGUCCAUGUUGUGCUGCACACUGAAGAAGGAGAUAUCCAACUUUUUCUGCACUCUGAUUUCAUGGAAAGAUUUACGGUUUUAAUUGCUGAUCCAGUAUUUGACUUGAGUUUCCUGAGGCUGCUCAAGGAUAGAAUGGGAGAACAUGGAGCCCUAAAAUAUGAAAUAGUGCAUAAAUAGAUAAUAAGUUCAACAAUAUUUUGUGAAAUAAUUCAUUAAAACUACUCAACUAUUAAAUAUAUAUUUAUUUAACUAUUAUUACACUCAUGAGAGACACUACUUUCUGUCUCAUUUGUGUAGCUCUUAGACGGUAAACAAACAGUGUGUGGUUAAAGAGGUUUAGUCUCUUGUGUGUUUAUUCACAUCAGCAGCCACAGUUUCUUCUAAAUAACUGACACUCUUGUGGCUUUAACCAACAGGAGCUAACUGGCUAAAUGUAGCAGCAGCAGCUAUGGAGCUUGCUAACUGAAGAGGUUCCCUUUGAAAAAGGGUAUUUCUGUAUGUUCAAUACAACUCCUUUAUUAUAACAAUAACUAGAUCAUAUUUGGCUAUUUUUCCAUUUAUUUAAUAUUGAGCACUUUAGGGCUCCAUACUGUGUGAAAGUGCUUAACAGUUCUCAUUUCAAAAUAACUGCAGGAUGAAUUAAUAUCGAACAUAUGUUGGCCUUUAUUUUUUAAUUGAACAAUCCAAAUUUUUCAUAAGGAGCCAUUUCUUAGGGAUGCGCUUUAAGUUUUAGAAUAAAUACAGUUUCUGCAAAUCAA